AAACCGUGACGCUGUUGUUGUUUUUGUUCCAUCUCAAGUGUCUCCAUUUUACACCGGGAUCAGUCGACGACCACCACCCCCGUCCACAGGUCCCACAUGGUCUGCUCUGCCCCUCCCCCGCGUCCGAACUGUACUCACCCCGGUGCCGCUGCCAAAGUAUGUGAAAGUGAAUGUGAGCCGCGAGCCCUGAGCCAGCGUCUUAUUUCGGGCUGGACACCGUCAUCAUGGCCGGACCAGCGGGCAGCUCCACUGAAGCCAGCCGUUAUCCGCUCUCUAACCCGUGAAAAACAACCUCCCUCCCGCACCGCCCCUCUCUGUUGUUCGCACGGUUCCAGCCCGACCACCAGCCUCAGAUGUCACUCCCUGUGGUGCUGCCGGGGUCUUGCUGUCCGGUUACCGGGACGUCGCAGCUUUCAGAGCCUUUCUGCCGGAACCGACCCCGCGGUUUGUCUGCCUCUUCCCGGUUCACUGGCAGCGGGUCCCGGCUGCUGCUGCCCGGCCGGCCGCUGCUCUCUCUGGGCUUGUUGCAGCUGCUGCUCGGCGGCUCCAUGGUGGCGCUGUCGUUCGGAGCUCUGUCCCUCAGCAAUUCUCCCCCCAUCCGAAACUCGUGUCCCUUCUGGGCAGGCUCCUCGGUUAUUCUCUCAGGUAUUGUAGGACUCACAACAUGGAGGAAGCCCAUGCUCCUGCUGGUGAAUGUGUUUGUCCUGCUGUCUGUGGUGUGUGUGCUCCUUAAUCUGGCCGGAUUCAUCCUGUGCUGCCAGGGAGCCCAGCUGGUUUCCAGUAUGACCAGCUGCCAACUGAGUGAGGACGGAGACGUGUGUUACUGCUGCUCCCUCUCGCCCACCUCCAAAUGUCCUGAGGAGAAGCUGCUGGAGCUGCACCCUGCUCACUCCUGCAGCACCAUGAGGAUCCUGCUCAAGAAAGUGUUGUUUGCUCUCUGUGCUCUGAACGCUCUGACCACAGCUGUGUGUCUGAUGGCUGCUGCGCUCAGAUACCUGCAGAUCUUCACUGCAAGAACACCCUGCAUGGACGAGCACAGGGCCACGGUGGAAGAGAGGGAGGAGCCUGCUCAGGUCCCGGACCCAGAUGAGUUUGUGGCCCCCGCCCCUCCUCCCUCCUACUUUUCCACGUUCUACUCGUACACGCCGCGCGUGGCUCGCAGGAUGCUGGGGAACAGCGUGAUCCCCCUCCCUCACAUCUAUGGGGCUCGAAUCAAAGGAGUGGAGGUGUUCUGUCCACUGGACCCCCCGCCUCCUUAUGAGGCUGUCGCAGGAAGCUCCAGCAGUGCCGUCACUCAGGAGGCGGAGCAGACUGUGACCCCGCCUACCACGUCACCACCUCCACCAGCCUGUGUUCAAGAUGUGAAUCCUCAGGUGGUUUCAGUGUCACGAGGUGUCGCUCCACAGGCUAAACCUCAGCAGCAGCAUCCUUCAGCACCGGCUCCCAGAAAGAAAGCCCGGCUCCGUCGCUCCAACAGUGACCCGGUGUUAAUCGACCUGGCUGCUAAAGUGUGGAGCAGCAGUGAAGCCCCCCCUGCUCCUUCUCCCCAAACAACAGAUUCCUCCACCCAGACCUCCCAGCCCACACUGGCUGCCCACUCCCAGGGGCAGGUCACGCUGCGACGUAGCAACAACGACGGCAGGAACCCGCGCCGGCCUCGACCGUCCUCUAUGGUGGACUACCAGAGCUACAGACACACACAGGAGCUGGUCAGGAAAAUCCUGGAGCAGCCAGCCACACAGGGUCUGGCCCCCGAGGUCCAGGAACUGGUGGAGAGCAUACGACAUGUCCUGCAGUCGGAUCAGGAGCACAUGGAGGAGGCGGUGCGCUGUGCCAGUUACAUAGAACAGGUGUUCACUGACUCACGAAUGGGUCCCGCUCAACCCAAACCCGCCCAGCAACAGCAGCCGGCGAGCACGUCCUGCCAGACUUUUCCCCACCACCGCAGGAGAAGACCUGGUCUGCUGCACCUUCAGAGCUGCGGGGACCUGAGCUCAUUCACCUGCGCUGCACUCGAGUCUUUGGAGCAUCGAAGAAACAGCAGGAGGGCAGAAUCCAGAGCGAGUUCCAGGUCCACGUCGAGGACGGGAUCCCGCCCGGAUCUUCCUGAUCGGCCUCACAGUCUGAUUGGAGUUUUUAGAGAGACUGUGCUUUGAACCCAAGCCAAACGGUGUUAGCAUCAUUAUUGUAGGUGGCAGCACAGCUGAGGCGCCGCUGCCUUUAACUGUGGCGAAAACUUUUUAACCCAUGGACUGCAACCACUGACCGUGUGUGUGUGCGUGUGUGUGUGUGUGUGUGUGUGGACAUGUCCAGUCUCCGAGGACGCGACAUUGACAGAGAUUCUAGUAAAUGAACGCGAGCCUUGUACAGACAGACGAUGUCGCGCCUUGUUAAUAAAUGUGGGCUAUACAAAUAAAAUUUGAUUGACGGAUUGAAAGGACAGCAGUUCUUUGACAUUAAGAUUAGACAAGAUUAUUUAGGAUGAAAACUGUGGCUCCGUCACAAGAGUGCACUCAUACAUCAUGUAUCUUAUCAGCGUUUUCUGAAGUUUGUGUCACUUUAUAAACAACUCGCUCUCCAGCACCAAACUUCACAGAGAAAAUCACUGAUUUUACAUCGUGUCACUUUGUGACGUCAGUGUUUGUAACUCUUAAAUCAGUUUGACCGUAAUUACACAAACAGACGAGCGAGGACUUUGGUGUAGAUUUGAUUUCAUCACAUGAGCCUUUUGUUAACAAAAGAGUCCGUGCCACAGUGACACAGCAGUGGAACACAGCAGUGGAACACAGCAGUGGAACAAAGCAGUGGAACACAGCAGUGGAACACAGCAGUGGAACACAGCAGUGGAACAAAGCAGUGGAACAAAGCAGUGGAACACAGCAGUGGAACACAGCAGUGGAACACAGCAGUGGAACACAGGAGGGAAUAAAAAAGCACAGCUGGAAUCCUC